UCCAUGUUUGAUUUAACAAGUUUCGAAUUGCAUCACUUCGACGCAGACUCACUCUCUCUCUCUCUCUCUCUCUCAUCUUCCAUAUCCAUAGCCCACUAUCAACCUCCAAUCAUGCUUAGAUCAACCUUCACUCCCCUUCUCCACACCAUCCCCUCCAAACCCAAACCUCCAAACCUAUUUUCUCACUCCAUCUCCAUUUCACUCUCACAAUCCCCACCAACUGUUCGACAAAAUGCCUCGCCCACCGCCACCACCACAAACCCACUUCACAAUCUCUCUCCAACUUCCGCCUACAUCCACCUCCCUUUCUGCCGCAAACGCUGCUACUACUGCGACUUCCCAAUCGUCGCUCUCGGCUCAUCUUCAACCCAAACCAACGAUAUCAACGACCCACGAAUCUCCAACUACAUCCACCUCCUCUGCAGAGAAAUCAAGGCCACAAACUCACAAUUCAACCACAACCCACCUCUCAAAACAGUCUUUUUCGGAGGGGGUACGCCAUCUUUGGUACCGCCGAGGCUCGUUUCGUUAGUCCUUGAGACAUUGAAUUUGAAAUUUGGGUUGUGUUUGGAUGCUGAGAUUUCCAUGGAAAUGGAUCCAGGGACGUUUGAUGUUGUGAAAAUGAAGGAGUUUAUGGGGUUGGGUGUGAACAGAGUGUCUUUGGGAGUUCAGGCAUUUCAGGAUGAGUUACUCAAGGCUUGUGGGAGAGCUCAUGGGGUUGAGGAGGUUCAUGAGGCAAUUGGGGUUGUUGGGACAUGUGGGGUUGAGAAUUGGAGUAUGGAUCUGAUAUCUUCUCUACCUCACCAAACUCCACAAAUGUGGGAAGAGAGUUUGUUGCUCACCAUCAAUGCAAGGCCUAAACAUGUAUCUGUCUAUGACUUGCAAGUUGAACAAGGGACCAAAUUUGGGAUACUAUACUCACCGGGGGAGUUCCCUCUGCCUUCUGAAACCCAAUCGGCAGAGUUCUACAAAACGGCUUCAAGAAUGCUCUCAGAUGCCGGUUACAACCACUAUGAAAUCAGCAGUUACUGCAAGGACAAUUUCGAGUGCAAGCACAACCUAACCUACUGGAACAACAAACCAUUCUAUGGUUUUGGCCUUGGUUCUGCCAGUUUCUUGGGCGGAUUCAGAUUUUCAAGGCCAAAAAAGAUGAAAGAGUAUGCAGGUUACGUUCAAAAUUUGGAGGACGGGGUAGUGGGGCUUAGUGAGGAUAGUUUUCCCAAUCCCAAGGACAUGGCCAUGGAUGCUGUGAUGCUCUCUUUUAGAACUGCCAAAGGGGUGGACUUGAAGUCCUUUAGAAAAACAUUUGGUACUUCUCUUGUUCACUCUCUUUGCAAGGCCUAUAGACCUUUUGUGGAAAGUGGGCAUGUGGUUUGUUUGGAUCGGAAUAGAAGGGUUAUAACAACAGAUCGUUUCUGUGCAUUGUUAUCUGAUGAGGAAGCGAUAGAAGAGACCAUGGCUUUUAUUAGGCUCAGUGAUCCCGAUGGUUUCCUUCUAUCGAAUGAGCUAAUAUCCCUUGCAUUUCAAGUCAUAGCUCCAUGAAUCAAACUUUUUUGUUCUUGAUCCUAACUAGACAAUAGUGUCGUUGGAUGUAAUUAGCUUCACCCUUGGAACGUAUCAUCUAUUCUCUUUAGCAUGUUCUUGACUUGACUAGAACAUGCUAGCUCCUACUACUCCUCCAUCCUUGUUGGUCCUUUGUUAUAGUGGUCAGUGAAUUCUCCGAUCUCACCAUUUGACCUUAAACACAAAGAAACCUCCGGCUUUUAAAGAAUCUUUCCUUUUCAAUUUUGCAGAGCUUUGGGGUGCUUCUCGUUCCUCUUCCUACACUUGACAACCCGUUGUGUAAUGGCUCGCCACUCCUUGUUUGUUUUGUAAGGGGUCAGCUGGUGAGGGAAAACUGUAUCUAUGCAGAGCUCAGUGUAUGUAUAUUCUGUUUUCUUUAAUCCACGGAUAAUACUUGUCCCACUUGAGGAUUCUGGGUUAAUGUUUCUGUUUGAAUGUAAAAAUAAAGAUCUUGAAAGAGAGAGAUUGUUGUUGCCCUUGGAUUGGACUUACCUUGAUAUGAUUGCGAGUCUGUGACAUGAAUAAAUAUUUGUUUGUAGUGCUUGCUUAAGAGCACCCAUAGUGGUUGGUGUAGUGCACAGUUCCUUCUAUUUCUAUGUUUCAUCA